AAUCUCUGGUAAACUCAAUAUUUUAGAAUAUCUUCUUCUCUAGAGUGACUGAGAAAAUGAGGGGUUGGAAAGAUUUAGAGGUAGUAGAAACCAUUUACGAAGAAGAAGAUCAUGAAGAAAUAGAAGAAUGUUAUUCCUCUUCUCCUUCUACUACUUCAACAUCUUCUUCUCUUUUACUCACUCCUUCUACUCAUCUACCAUCAUCAAGCCUCGAUAACACGGUACAAGCUUGGUCAUUAGCUACAGGAUUCCAAACUGAUGUCUUGAUCAAAGUUCAAGAUCAAUCCUUUCGUCUUCACAAGGAUCCUCUGGUAUCGAAAAGUGGAUAUCUAAAACGAGAAUUGAAGGACUCUUCCGUUAUUAAUCUUACUCCACCGUUGAAUAUAACGGCAGAAACAUUCUCUACGGUGGCAGAUUUCUGUUACAGUUCAUACGUCGUUAUAACGCCGUUUAAUGUGGCUGCCCUUAGAAUUGCAGCUGAGUUGUUAGAUAUGAACGAGGAUAACAACAACAAUAAUCACAGCGAAGAGAACUUGAAAUUCAUAACGGAAUCGUAUUUUUCAAAAGCUGUCACCGGUAACAAGGAUUACGCCGCUAUCAUUCUCCGUUCUUGUUUGGGUUUACUUCCUGAGGCUGAGGAAACGGCGUUACUAGCUAGUAGAUGUAUUGAAUCGUUGGAUUUGAUGGAUGGGAAUGAAGGCAUUUGCAGUUGGAUGGACGAAGUCGGGUCCUUGAAUGUUGAUGAUUUUGAUUUAAUCGCAGAUUCUAUGCAUUAUUUGCUUACUCGCAGUCAUGAUCUUCUCUACAAAAUCGUUGACUCUUAUCUGAAGGAAAACUGUGACAGACUGAAGGAAGAAGAGAAGAACAAACUAUGCAGUUCAAUAGAUUGUAACAAGUUAUCAUCAAAUGUAAUUGUGAAUGCAGUACAGAAUCCCAGAAUGCCAUUGAGGUUCAUAAUUCGAGCAAUGCUAGUUGAGCAGUUUAAUACCCGCGACUCGAUUGUCACUACUCUGUCAAUGAAGAAUAACAACCAGCAGCAGCAGCAGCAGCAAUACAAGAAACAACCAAAGAAAGUUAGUGAAAACAAAGAGAUAAUGGAAGAAGAGUCUGCAGUUCUUAGUCUUGGCAUGAUUCUCCAGAGAGACGCAGCACUUCGACAAUCCGCUCAGCUCAAAGCAUCUGUUGAAUCAACCAGUUCUAAGAUUGAACGUUUAGAAAGAGAAAUACUGAGCAUGAAGAAAGUAUUGUAUGAUCAUGAUAUUGAGAAGAAGAAGAGGGAAAUCGGUAACGACAUUGCUUCGGGUAGGUCUGUAAGUCUCCGGUUUAAUACGCCAUCGUCAGAAAAUAAGAUUGAAAGAGGAGAAAGAGGGUCAACUUCAUUGGUCAAUUAUCGUUUCAGUAAUAUUGGAGUGUCAUCAGGAGGUGAAAGAAAUGGUGGUGGUGCUGGUUCUUCGUCAACUUCAUCUUCCGUUUCUACUCCUUCUCUUGAAAGACUAUCUUCUCUUAACGACAAUCCAAAAAGAAGGACAACAUUCGGUUGGAAGUUGAUGAAUGGAUUAAAAUCUGCGUUCAGGAUGUCGUCGUCAUCUUCGACAACAUCGACAAAAGGAGUAGCACAUGAUAUUAAUGAGAUUGGUACUACUGUUGAGGUUUCUAACGACAUUGUUUUGAAUGGAGGAGACCAUGAUCAUGAAGAUGAACAUGAAGACCGUAAGGAAGAAGCAUCACAUCGACACCGCCGUGGUCGUUCCCUCGUGUAAACCCGAUAACAAUCUGUUUAUGGCCAGAUGUUUUUUCUAAUUUACUGUACCAAAUUCAACCGCUACCAAAAAAAAAAACAAUUGCUAUCUUUUUGUGAAUUUAGAUUAAAGCUUGAUCACUUUUAUCUCCAGGUUUACUAUUUUAUGGUACUGAUGUCGGUGUAACUUAGUUUAACAGUGGAGUCAUAACCCAUGACUACUAGAUGAAAAGUAUGAUUGAUUUGGCGAAACGUGUUUCGUUAUAAA